AUGAACAAAAUCGUUAUUAAGAAAAAAGAAGAUAUGAAUUAAAAGGUGUUUUAAUAAACAAAUGAUCAUGCUCCUAUUUAAAAUAAGAAUGAAUUGUAUUAUAUUAGGCUAGUUAUAAGGUUAUGUUAAAUUGACUCUCAGUGGAGCUAAAGAAACAACAAUUAAAAGAAAAGUGAAAAGUAACUUAUAAUAUAAUUUUCAAAGGGACUUUCAAAUAAUUGAAUAAUGCUUAGGUUCUGGAGCUUAUGGGUCUGUUUCACUAGUGAGAGAUAUUAAUAGUCGAAUUUAUUAUGCAAGAAAGACGGUAACAUUUUGAUCAAAUAUAUAAGAUUAGUAAAUCAAAACUUAAGACAUAGGAAUCAUUAGAUAACUUAAAAAGAGAAAUAUUGAUAUAAAAAAAACUUUGUCAUCCAAAUAUUUUAAAAUUGUGCUACUGUUAUGAAGAUUAGAUGAGGUACUGUUAUGUAUCUAAAAAUAAAUAGUGUGUUCUUAAUAUUAGAAUAUGCAGAAUUGGGCUCCCUUUUUUAAUUGAUAAAACGUAAAUAAAGAUUAUAAGAGAGAGAAGCAUAUUAAUACUUUUCAUAAUUGUUAGCUGGUUUAGAAUAUAUGCAUAAAAUGAAGAUUGUACAUAGAGAUUUAAAAGUACAAAUAGAAAUUAUAAAAUAGCCUGAAAACUUAUUAAUAACAAAAUCUGGAGAUUUAAAAAUAGGUGAUUUUGGAUGGGCUACAUAAAUGCCAAAUUAUCAUAAAGCUUUUUGUGGUACAACUGAAUAUAUGUCGCCUGAGAUGAUAUAAUCUUAAACAACUGAUUAUAAAUCUGAUUUAUGGAGUUUAGGGGUGUUGUUGUAUGAAAUGGUUUAAGGAAAAACCCCAUUUUAAGGAAUGACAUUUUUAGAAAAGAGUUAAAAAAUAUUAUCUAGAAGACAAUUAGAAUAUGAAUAUGAUGUUUCUGAAGAAUGCAAAUCAUUAAUUAAUAGUUUACUCUAAUAUAGAAUUCCUUGUAGGCCUACAAUUGAUUAGAUUAAAAAUCAUUAAUGGAUGCUUUCAUAAGGAUAAGAUAGAAAAGGAUCAAUAAGAAGUUCUUCAAUGAUAUCUGUUAAAUCAACUCAUUAUACAUCUGAAGUUCUUGAAAGCUAAUCCAAAAUUUUGGAUAGUCAUUUUGGUUAAAAAUCCUCUAUUUAAGAAUGGGAAGCUAUGAAAUUUAGAAGUUUAUAAUUUUAGUUUUAACGCUAAUAAGAUCAACAACAAUCAUAAGGUAGUUGUUGUUAAAACAAUGGAUUUUUAACUAAAGCUUUAAUUGCUUUAGGAUGUAUUAAUCGAUGA